AUGCCACGACAACACUUCCGUAAGAUCAAUUUGGGCCCGAACGGGGAAACCUUCAAUCCAACGCUAAAGGCCCCAGAAAAAAACAAUGUGGAGGAAGACUGCAAAAAGCUUCGCGACGCAAUGAAAGGACUGGGUACCAAUGAGGAUGCACUGAUCGAAGUAUUGGGUCACCGGAAUAUUGAACAACGUUUGGACAUCCGUGAUGAAUACAAAUCCCUUUUUGGUCAGGAUUUGAUGGACAGGUUAAACAGUGAACUGAGCGGGAAUUUCCGCAGCAUCAUGAAAAUGCUCGUAAUGGAACCGCAAUUUAUCUCGGCACGAGCUCUGUACAAAGCCAUGAAGGGCGGUGGAACCAAAGAGUCGGUCAUCGUCGAGGUUUUGUGCACGUCGACCAAUCGGGAAAUUGAGGCAAUCAAGGAGGCAUAUUUACAAGAUGAAUGA